AUGUCCACCUUUGCCGACAAAGCGAAAUUGAACCUCUACGCCGGUAAUGGCGGCCACGGCUGCAUCUCGUUCUUGCGCGAAGCAUACUUGGAGGACGGGCCAGCCAACGGCGGCGAUGGCGGUCACGGCGGUAACAUCUACAUUCAGGCGGUCCAUGGCGAGACCUCGCUACACAAGCUAUCGCGGAGGAAGAUUGUGCGCGCGGGCAAGGGGAAGAGCGGCAUGGGUGGCGCCAGGGGGGGACGACGCGGAGACGACGUGGUCAUCGCCGUCCCCGUCGGGACAGUGGUCAGAGAGUUGAGUCGCGACGACCCAGAGGCUGAAAAUCGCUUUCUGGCGAACCGAGACAAGAAAAGAGUCGGGAGAGAUGUGCUCCCGGUGGAAGAAGGGCCGGAUGGGGAGCCAAUAGAUGACCCGUCUCGCAGCAAGUGGAUGCUCUACCCGGGGAUGUCCUCCUCCGACAUGAAGCGGAUUCAGCUGCCGCCACUCCCGAACCGAGAACGCCUGCUUCAACAACCCAAAGCGCCAAUACAGCUGGACUUGUCUCGCCCCACGCCGCGCCCGAUUCUGCUCGCGGUGGGCGGAAUCGGCGGGUUGGGGAACCCUCACUUUGUCACCAAAGGCACGCCGAAGCCCAUGUUUGCUACUCGAGGAGAGGGUGCCGUAUCGAUGGAGAUUGAGCUGGAACUCAAGCUCCUGGCAGAUGUCGGUCUGGUCGGCUUGCCGAACGCUGGCAAAAGCACGCUCCUCCGUUCCAUUAGCAACAGCCGCACACGCGUGGGCAACUGGGCCUUCACCACCCUCCAGCCCAACAUCGGCACCGUCGUGCUCGACAACAACAAGGGCCGCCCGGUACUAACGAGCUACCGUAAAGUCUCAGACGCAUCCCCACUUCGAGACGAUCCCUUCAACCUCUCGGCCGAACCCCAACCCGGACUCGAACGGCGCACCCGGUUCACCAUUGCCGACAUCCCAGGCUUGAUCGAAGGUGCUCAUCUCGAUAAAGGCCUUGGUAUUGCGUUCCUCCGCCACGUCGAGCGAGCCGGUGUGCUGGCCUUCGUCCUCGACCUCGGCGCAGGGAAUGCCGUGCAGGCAUUGAAGGCUCUUUGGAACGAAGUCGGUCUGUACGCGCACAUGCGCGAGGAGGAGGAGCGUGAGCGCAAGCGCCAAGCCGCAGUCGACUGGAGCGCCACCGCGGGGACCGACGCCGAGGACAGCACGUUCUGGCCGAGUUCCAUGACGGACGAUUAUAGCACCCCCGCUGCGAAUACUGGCGGGUUGCAUAUUGCUGGAAAGCCGUGGUUUGUGGUGGCUACCAAGGGGGAUCUGCUGGAUACGCAAGAGAAUUUCAAAGAGCUGAGGGAAUACCUGGCUGCGAUUGGCCGCGGGGAGGAGCCGCAUCCAAGUGGUGUUGAGGGCGCGUGGACCCAUGAUUGCGCGGCUAUUCCGGUCAGCGCGAUCAAGGGGCAGGGAGUGGACCGAGUGGUGCAUUGGGCGGUUGGCUUGUUGGAUGGCUAG